AUGGGAAGCCAAAACAAAAACCUCAACUUGAGUUACCGAGGGUGGUGCCCCUCCAACGAUUACCAAGUCCAUGAAGUAACAGGGCCUGCACUACGCAAGCGCUUUGAUCGUCCUCAACAUCAGAAGGGUCGUGUGGCCUUCAAAACCAACCUAGAAGAGCCCAUCACAGUAGCAGCUGAAGCAUUACCUGGCCCUGAUACUCCUGUGCCACAAACUCAUCAUCAGACCCCUUCUACUGUCAACCAUGCAAGUGCUUUUCGGACAGUAGACCAAAAAGCUGACGCGUUUAUCAAGCAAGAGCACAAACGGAUUGAACUUGCCAGGCUCAAGUCUUUGGGACAAAUAUAG